AUGAACGAAUUAAAGAAACAACUCACAGACCUCUUGAGUAAAGAAUUUAUCAAACCGUUUACUCUCGCUACGGAUGCCUCGGAUUUUGCUAUCGGAGCAGUGCUAACACAAGAUAAUGGAAAAGGUGAACAACCAGUCGCCUAUGAAUCAAGAAAAUUAUCAGCAGCCGAACAGAAUUAUCCCACCCAUGAAAAAGAAUUAUUAGCUAUUAUUCAUGCUAUCAAACUAUGGCGUACGUAUUUAGAAGGUCAACAAUUUACGGUCAUAACAGAUCAUGCCUCUCUCGAAUAUAUUAAAACGCAAUCUAACCUUUCAAAACGACAAGCGAGAUGGCUUGACACAUUACAAUCUUAUAACUUCCAAGUACGAUAUCGACCAGGAAAAACAAACAUGGUAGCUGAUGCAUUAUCACGACAACCACAUCUCAACACUAUGACCACCGUAACCACAACUCUUAUGAACGAUGAUACUUUAAUGAAAGCUUAUCGAGUAGAUAAUUAUUUCAGACACAUCUUAGAUGCACUCCGAAACCCCGAUCAAGCAAAUGAAAAACAGAAGUCGCGUGCCAAACAUUUCGAAAUACAACAGGAAUGUCUAUACCUGAAAGGUACUCAACGAAUGGCAAUACCAUCAGAUAAGCGAAUUCGAACACAUAUACUACACGAACAUCAUGAUACGAAUAUCGCUGGACAUUUAGGCAUUGAUAAAACUACAGAAGCUAUUAUGCGAAAUUUCUAUUGGCCCAAAAUGGGGAAGGAUAUUCGAAGAUACGUGCAAACAUGCGAUACUUGUCAAAGAAAUAAAUCGAGUAAUCAACAACAAGCCGGACUCCUCCGCCCUUUAGAGAUUCCAACGAAUAAGUGGGAAGAAAUUGCAAUGGAUUUUAUAGUACAAUUACCGUUAACCAAACAGGGACAUAAUGCAAUAGUAGUAUUCAUAGAUUGCCUCACAAAACAAGCUAUUUUUCACCCUACACACACCUCCGCAAGUGCCCCUACAAUAGCCAAAAUAUUCUUUACUACGGUAUUCAAGAAUUAUGGGUUACCUCGGAUUAUUAUUUCAGACAGAGACUCCAAAUUUACCAGUCAUUUUUGGCAAGCACUAUUCAAACAUCUUGGAACGAAAACCGCAAUGUCAACAGCAUUCCACCCUCAGACUGAUGGGCAGACUGAACGACUCAAUAGGACAUUGGAAGAAAUGUUACGUAUUUAUGCUACCUAUAAGCAAGAUCAAUGGGAUGAAUACUUACCUGCUGCAGAAUUCGCAUAUAAUAAUUCUAAACAAGCAUCAACGGGAUUUACACCAUUUGAACUCGAUAAUGGCCAACAUCCUCAUACACCCAUUACACUUACAAAGAAGAAUAUUACCAACGUACCAGCAGCUAACGAUUUUAUUGAGCAUUGGAAUACUAUGAUGACGAUCGCUAAAGAUAAUCUAAGGGAAGCUCAGGAAAGACAAACGAAAUAUGCUAAUAACAAUAGAAGACAUUUAAUGUUUAAAACGGGAGAUCAAGUAUUACUUUCUAUGAGAAAUACUAAUAAUCCAAUUGACAGAAAUCGACCUACAAAGAAAUUAACUCCAAGAUUUACUGGACCAUAUACGAUUGUCAAGGUUAUUUCGCCAGUAGCAUAUAAGUUGAACCUGCCCGAAACAAUGAAGAUUCACCCCGUUUUCCAUGUCUCGCUUUUGAAACCAUAUCAACCAUCUCCUGACGAAUUUGCAAGACCAACACCACCACCAGCCAUUGUCGAAUCUGAUACUGGACAAGAAGAAUAUGAAGUUGAAGCAAUAUUAGAUAAAAGAGUUAUUCGAAAGAAAACACAAUAUUUAGUUAAAUGGGUUGGAUAUCCGUUACAUGACGCUACUUGGGAACCAGUGCGAAAUUUAUCGAAUGCGCCAGAAAUAAUCAAAGAAUUCGAAUUGACGCGGAC